AUGCCGUUCAAAGACGUGGUCGCUUUCUACGCAAGCUCAUUCAAACCGCCGAGUACCUGGGUCGCAGUUUUGGGCGCCUCAGCCCUGGCUGUAGCAUAUUUCGCUUCCGUGUGCAUUUACAACCUCUUCUUUCACCCUCUUGCCCAGUAUCCGGGCCCUCGCCUCGCUGCUGCAACUCCUUUAUGGCUCGUAUCGGCCAUCAUUGGAGGUAGGCAGCCCGACGAUACUCUAAAGCUGCACGAAAAGUAUGGGUCCGUCGUCCGAACCUCUCCGAAUGGUCUGUCUUAUAGCGACACUCCUCAAUGGAAGGAAAUUUACGCACCCAAAGCGGGGCAGCUGGAGUUCGCGAAGGACCAGAAAUUCUUCGCCGGUUUCCGGGGCCGGCACCUCAUUCUCAACGCCGACAGACGCUACCAUCCGUUCAUCCGUAAACUGCUUGCACCCGGGUUUUCCGAGAAGGCCAUGAGAGAGCAAGAGGCGGUGCUGAAAGAAUUCGUCGACCUCAUGUUUCGGAGAGUGCAGGAAGAUGGACAGAAUGGCACGCAGCCAGUGGACAUCCUGAAGUGGUUCAACUUCUUGACUUUUGACUUCAUCGGUUUUCUCACUUUUGGGCAGUCGUUUGAUUGUCUUACAACAUCUACUCUUCAUGUCUGGGUCAAGAUGUUCCUGUCUUUGGCCAAGUUCUUCGCUUACUACCAAGCGAUCUCUUACUUGCCAUUAAUGCUUCGUUUCCCGGUAGGGCUGUGGUUGUUUCCGCUCAAGGUCCUCUCGGAUGCUAAGACCCUGACACGGCUUCAAGAGGAAAUGGUCAAUCAUCGUCUUGAAAUACAGCCGACAGUGCCGGACUUUAUGGACAAAAUGAUUGCGGCCUACAAGUCAGGCAAGAUGUCUUAUGAUCAAUUGGAGGGCAACUCGCAGCUUCUGAUUGCUGGCGGAAGCGAGACAACCUCAACUCAUUUGGCAGGUCUUGUUUGGCUCCUUAUGACGAACCCUCGGGUCUUGGAGAAAUUGUCCGCUGAGAUCCGCACGGCCUUCGCGCACGAAGACGAAAUUACUUUCGCUGGGGUAAACGACUGCAAGUACCUCCUCGCCUGUAUUGAAGAAGGUCUUCGAAUCUACCCGCCCUCACCUCAAGCGCAUAAUCGCAUCGUACCUCCCGGGGGCGCUACGAUCGACGGCGAGUUCAUCCCGGAAGGUGUGUCCGUUGGUGUACAUAUAUAUGUUGCGAACAGAAGUACUGCCAAUUGGACCCGUCCCGACGAAUUUAUCCCUGAGCGCUGGUUGGGAGAAGAUCCCGAAUUUGCUGGCGAUAAGCGAGACGCUUCUCAGCCUUUCCUGUUGGGCCCGCGCAUGUGCGUUGGAAGAAACUUGGCCUACGCCGAGAUCAAGGUUAUCAUCGCCAGGCUGGUCUGCCAGUUCGACAUCGAAAACGUGACAAAAGGAGACUGGAUGGAUCAGAAAGUUUUCAUGGCAUGGGAGAAAAUGCCACUGUGGAUCAAGUUGCAUCCUGUCCGGAGGUAA